GACAAUAGAGGAAUGGAGCAGGACAACCAGGACCUGGAGCAGCGGACUAACGAGGUCCCCAGAGGACAAGCAGCAGGCUCGGCCUUUGAUACCAGCCAUGUUCAGAAACGGAGAGGAGAUGGACCCAAAUGUCACCACUGUCACCACUGUGAAAAAUCCUUCACAACAUCUGGAUAUUUAAAGAUUCAUCAGAGAGUUCACACUGGAGAGAAUCUACACAGCUGUGAUCAAUGUGGGGCAGCUUUCACACUACAGAGUACCCUAAAAAAACAUCAACGCAUUCACACUGGAGAGAAGCCAUACAGCUGUGAUCAAUGUGGGGCAGCUUUCACACGACAGAGUACCCUAAAAAUACAUCAACGCAUUCACACUGGAGAGAAGCCGUACAGCUGUGAGCAAUGUGCGAAAACAUUUUCCGAUAGGAGCAACCUUAAACAUCACCAGCGCAUUCACACUGGAGAGAAACCAUACUGGUGUGAUCAAUGUGGGAAAACGUUUUCUCACACUACAAAUUUAAAGAUUCAUAUUAGAGUUCACACUGGAGAAAAACCAUACAGCUGUGGCCAAUGUGGGAGAUCUUUUUCUUCUAGUAAUACCCUAAACAAUCAUCGACGCAUUCACACUGGAGAGAAACCAUACAGCUGUGACCAAUGUGGGCGAUCUUUCUCUUCUAAGACUACCCUAAACAACCAUCGACGUAUUCACACUGGAGAGAAACCAUACAGCUGUGACCAGUGCAAGAGAAGUUUUUCUCGGAGCAGUCACCUUAAAGGCCACCAACGCGUUCACACAAGAGAGAAACUAACUGUAAACGUAAAGUACUGGUGUGACCAGUGUGGGGCCGCAUUCACAAGUUUAGGUAGCUUCAAAAUUCAUCACCGUAUUCACACCGGAGAGAAACCGUACAGCUGUGACCAAUGUGGCGCAGUUUUCAGAGUGUUGGGCAGCUUCAAAAUGCAUCUACGCACACACACGGGAGAGAAACCGUACAGCUGUGAGCAAUGCGGUGCCGUUUUUGCGCACUUGGGUAACUUGAAAAGCCAUCAACGCAGUCACACAGGAGAGAAACCUUACAGAUGCAUCCAAUGUGGCGCAGCUUUUGCACGUUCUGACUCCUUCAAAAUCCAUCAACGCAUCCACACUGGAGAUAAACCUUACAGGUGUGACCAAUGUGAUGCAGCUUUUGUUCAGUUAAAUCACUUGAAAGUCCAUCAACGCAUUCAUACCGGAGAGAAACCCUUCAGCUGUAAACUAUGUGACAAAAGUUUCACCAAUCAAAGUAACCUAAAAUCCCACCAACGUGUUCACUCCGCAAAGAAAUGAGAUGCCAGUUGUCGACGAUCAAAAUGGUUUCUAAUUGGUUAGUAUUUGAAAUACAGAAUUAUUGAUACUUUUUUAGUUUUGGAAAAGUGACAAUUAACAAUAAAAAAUAAAUUUCUCAAAUAUGAGUUUGUUUUGUUUUGUAAAUUCUUACUACUAACAUUAAUUAGUGGUGUAACGGACCAUAGAUCCGUGGUUCACAUGGAUCUACACUCAGGGAAUGCAUGCGAUCUAUUGCAAAGUUUAAUAGAUUAAUAUAAAUUUUUACUGUCGCUGUUACUUGAAUUUUGACUGAUAAAUUUCUAUGAAGGGUUUCCGUAAAAAAGAUACAGGCAGUGUUCUGUUCAUGUGAACAUCACAUCUUAAAGUCCUGUGCCAAUAAAUACCACUUUCUCAUCUGAUUUGUCUAACAGCAAUUUACUGGAGGAAGAAGUUAAGUUAUUACAUUUGUUAUAACUCAUUUAACCCUAACCGAUGAAAAACAGCAAAAAACUGCAUUUCCGAUUCAUAUUUUAAACAUUUUACAGCCAUAAGCGCUAGAGACUUAUCUAAUGUCUUUUCCAGCUAUAUGCUAACAUUCCGGCCAUCGUGGUGGUCUCUUUGUAGUCCCUACAGGAGGUUUUUUUAUCGAGCCUGGAACUUGUGCCUUUUUCUGAGUCUUUGAGCAAUUAAUCUAAAUUCUUACAUCCAAGAUUUACACUGUAUGUACAUAAUCCAUGAAUUUUUCUCUGCUGAUCGCUGAUAGCUGUGAUGCUACCCAUUCAUGUGUUCCAUGAUGUUUUGGGAUGCAAUGCAGCUUUGACAGAUCACUCGAAUUCACAAAAUGUGACCAAAGAUUGUCUAUUACCGUUCAGAGAAGAACGGCAUUACAGUUUUGAGUUUUGGCAUAAGUUUGGGCCUUUUUUGAAGAAAUGUAAAGAGUUUGUUCUUUACAUGAGUUAUAAUGUUUAUGUUCAUUUUUCCACUGGAUAACUCCGUACUUACAGUGUGUGUGUGUGUAUAUAUAUAUAACAGUAUUAGACUACACAAAUGCUUGUGUAGCAUUGCUGUGUGAUAUCAAUAAAUAUGACAAUCUUUUUAUUUUUGCCAUUUGGU